AUGUUGCUCAGGGUCACAUUUCUGGUGCUCACCAGCGCUUACCUGGCUAGCUGUCUCCCCCCGCCACACCCCGCCGUGGUGGCCGUGAGGCAGGCGGAAGAGCUCCUACCUUCGCAUUUGCGAAGUCCUGCUCUGAGGAACCCGCAUCUGCAAGAUAUACUUUCACUCACCAGCGUCCUACAUCCGGGUGAAAAUGCGGUUUUCGAGAGGGAAGCGGAAAAGGUGCCGCGGAGGGAAAUCUAUAAAAUUUUGACCCACGCCGGGUUCAUUGGGAGGAGGAACUACCUCAACCAACAUCCAGCCCCUUACAGGACUUUCCACCCCUCGGACCACGAUUCACCGUUCUUACAUAACCCAGAGGCUCUGCAGUACUUGUAG